UCUGCAAUGGGUUGCGGACUCAACAAGUUGGAAAAACAAGAUGAAAAACGGCCUGGUAACAUCUAUUCAACACUGAAGAGGCCCCAAGUGGAAACCAAAAUAGAUAUUUUGUAUGAGUAUCAUUUCCUGGAAUUUACAACUUUAAGUGAUGCUGAGCUACCAGGAUCAUCUACAAUCAGGCUUUCUUCCUUGCGUGAUCUUCCAGCUCAGCUGCAAGAAUUGUACCAGCAGGGCUUCAUCUUGGCUGCUGUCCAUCCCUUUGUGCAGCCAACUAACGAGAAUGAAAGGACUCUCCAGGAACAAAUCUUCAGGGCUGUGCUGAUUAAGAAAACAGAAAGAUCAUUGAAGAAUGAUGCUGUUAGUGAAGGGAAUACCUUAGAGAUAGAAAGCUGCUUCUCCUCUGAACAUCUUCCAGACAAGUCGAAGAUGCCAGAUCUCAUUAAGAAAAUUCAAGAUGCAGCAAGUCGGGGCAUGAGGUUUGUUGGAAUAAUACCUCAGUACACUUCCCAAAUGAACUCCAAGAGCAGCAGUGUUUUAAUAUCCAGCAGUAACAGCUCGAGAGAACUAAGAGGUGACAAAACUCCAUCAGACUUUCCUGAGGAUUGUGCGUUGUUGGAUCAUGAAAAAGAUUGCACUAAUGGAAGCAAAAUCCCCACAGCAGCAAGUGAGGAAAAUGUUGACCAGUGUAUAAAUCCGAGUGAAGAUCUGGGAGGUGAAGGGCAGGUUACUGAACAUCUCAGUUUAAGCUCUGCUGAAGAAAAGGGAGGGCAAUUACAAGAAACCGAGAUCUUUGCUGUCUUCAACAAACCAAAGGCUUCACAGAGAUCCAGCCAGUACUACACUGUAACAAUCCCUAUGAGAGUAUUCAGCAAUGGCCAGAACAUUUGCAGCCUAGAAGCUAAUUGGCUGGAGCACAUGACAGAUCAUUUCCGGAAAGGGAGCACGUUGGUGAAUGCCAUCUUCAGUCUUGGGAUGAUAAAUGAUUCCUUCCAGGGUAUGACAGAUGGAAUGUUUAUCUUUGAAGAUCUUUCUCUGGAAGACAGCAAAAGUGUACAAGGCUAUGAUGCUAUUGUUGUAGAACAGUGGACUGUCCUGGAUGGGGCUCGUGUGCAGGCAGAUUACAUUCCCCUGUUGAACUCUCUUGCCAUGUAUGGCUGGCAGCUGACUUGUGUGCUUCCCACUCCGGUUGUAAAGACAAACAGGGAUGGGAAUUUAGCCACGAAGCAGAUUGUCUUUCUUCAGAGACCCUUCCUGCCCCAGAAAAUCAAGAAGAAACAAUCUAAGUUUCAUUGGAGAUUCUCCAGAGAAGAAAGAUACCACAAGCAAGCCAAGAAAUCUCUGAAGGCAAAACUAAGUGCCAAAGAACAGCAGACAGCAGAAGAAAAGCAAGACUUGGAACUCACAGAAAACACAAGGAAUUCAGAAUCACGGUUCUCUACCACUGAAGGCACUUUGCAGUUCCCCGUAAUCACAGAUCAACAGCCGGAUGGUGUUGAAGAUGGAAGAACUGAAGCUCUUGGGCACAUAGAUGUGCCCAGCUAUGAGAAUGUGGGGUCUGAGGAACAAUCAGAUGCCUGUCACAAAGCUGAUCAACACAUAGGAGACUUGUGUUUGGAUCAGAAUGGCAAAUAUAACUGUGAGGACCUAACAUUCCAAGAGCAUUGUGGUCUAGAUGACACUGAUUGGAACUGUUCAGCAGAACCAGCAGAAAGUUGUUUUGAUGCUGGCUUUGACAGUCCAGAGAACUGA